ACUUGUCAACAAGCCAACGUCAUUUUAGGUCACCAUUUCUGCCUCUUGUCGUUAUUAUUUGAGUAUAUAGUAAACAAUAAUUGGUAGUCUUGAAUAAAAAUAACAAGUUUUGAAUAAAUAAAAAAUGAGUCGUGGCGGGCGUUCGGCUACAACCACAAAAGUAUUUGUGGGUAGUUUACCUGCGGAAACUACACCAGAAGAUCUAAAAAAGCUUUUCUCCCCUUACGGACCAAUUGCAGAAUGCGACAUUGCAAACCGAUGUGGAUUUCUCCAUUUGGAUGAUCAAUCUUUAGCCGAAAAAGCUAUUGAAGAAUUGAACGGUUCAGAAUUCAUGGGUACCAAAAUUUCUGUCGAAAAGGGUAGAGUGAAACCACGUAGAGGUGGAGGACCGAGAGGUGGUCGAGACCGCGGAGGACCCUAUUCCAGAGGAGGCGGCGAUUUUCGUGGAAGAAAUGGAGGUUUCGGGGGCGGACGUGAUUUUGGUCCAUAUAGAGGAGGCGGUAGAGGUGGAUACGGAUCUGGUGGUGGUGAUAGAGGAGGUUAUGAUGACCGACGUGGUAGGCAAUCUAUGGGAUGUUAUGAUGACCGAAGAGGCGGUGGUGGAUAUGAUCGAGGCGGUUUUGAAGGUAGACCUGGUGGUUACGAUAAUAGGAGAGAUGGUUACGGUGGUUAUGGAGAUCGUGGUGGUGGAUAUGAUAGGCAGGGCGGUUAUGACAAUAGGGGUGGUUAUGAGGACAGAAGAGGAGCUAUGGGAGGAUAUGAUGACCGAAGGCAAGCUGGAGAUAUUAGAGGCGACCUCUAUAGUCGACGAGAUGGUAGUGUAGUACCCAAACAAGGAGGAUACAAUGGAGCUAACGGGUACGGAGGUGCUUAUCCUGGUAGUACAGGCUCUUAUGGUGAUACUUCUGGAGGUUACGGUACUAGUACCACAUCUUAUAAUCAAUCAGCAAGUAGUUACGGAUCUGGAGGUUACGGUGCAGAUGCUUCAGUGAGUGGUGGUUAUAGUGCGGGCAGUUAUGGUACAGUAGCACAAACGAGCGCUGGAUAUCAGGAUAGAGGAAACUAUAACGCACAAACUGCUGAUGGUUAUGGAGGAUCUUACUCAGCCACAUCUGGUACUAGAAGUGGUUAUGAUUCUGCAUAUCCACCAUUGCCACAACAAAGAGGUUCUAUGUAAUAACCAAAACAGUCGGUUUUGUUUCGAGUUGCCCUGAAACUCAAACUCUCAAAGAAGUUUAACGAAAUCAUGUGGAUAUUCUUUGAUGGUGAUCCAGUUUUCUAUUAAGAAUGCGUAAGAAGUUUUGUUUUUUAAAAGUGAGGAUACAUUCUAAUUGAGUAACAAUUUUUUUCUCAUGUUUAGUUGUGUACGUAGGAAAAUACAUUUUUUAUGGAAUAUAAUUUUUGUGUAAUUUUUGACAAGAAAUGUUGUAGGAAUCAAGUUGUCAAUCCUAGCAUUAGGAAACAUCGGAAAACGAUUAUUUAAUAAGAAAUGAGAAUCGAGUGGAUGUUGAAAAUUUUUAUUUUCAAAUAUGUUUCUCAGUGCCGAUACUACAAUAUUUCUUGUAACCAAAAUGUCACUGAUGAUUCACUUUCUUUAUCAGUUACAUUUACAAAUGUUAAUGGUGUAAAAUAUUUUGAAACAAAUUUAAAUUUCAGAACUGUGAUCAAUUUUUUCUCUUUUUUGUUUAUCUUUCCAGAUAUGGGUUUUGGUUCUUCUUGUACCUACGUUUUCUCUAUUUUUCUUCCUUACCAAUUCAACAGUUUCUACUUCUUUUUUUUAUUAUGGAUUCUUGUUUUUUCAUUUCAUCAUUUUCCCUUCUUCUACAUUAAUUUUUGUAUUUUAUUUCUACAAUUUCCUAUGAAGAAUUUAGGUGUUUCUAUCAUGUUUUCAUGUAGGUAAUUAGAAAUUUUGAUGUUUAUUAGCUUCAGAAUCGAAGGAAUUACAAGAUUCUGGUUCAACAUUUGUAUAUAUUGCAAUUUGGUGAACCUUAUGUAGCAUUCGGUUGUGUACAUCUUCUCCAAUAACAUACAUGCAUUUAUUUAAUUCUGUUUUUUUUUGUUUUUCUUUCAGUCUUUAGUUCAAUUGAUGAUUCUCAAGAUGAAUUUUAUAAUUUGCAAUUAUUUUUUACUUUUCUGCAAUUUGGUAAACUGUAAAUAGCAUUCGGAUGCGUACAUCUUCUCUAAUAAUGAUCUCUUCGAUAACCACUAUAUUUAUUUCAUUCUGAUAUCGGUUUUUUGGUUUUUCUUCUUGUUUUUAGUUCCAUCUUUAAUUUAAUAGAUUAAUAGUCUAAUCCGAUGGUCAUGACCUUUAGUGAAUGAAGUGGGAUUUUUUUUUAAUUACAAAUGAGGUGGUUUUUACUAUUAAUUUUCGGUUGUUUAUUGUUCAGAGUGAAUAAAUUGAUGCAGUUUUGAAUAAUUUCGAUUUUGACGUGAAAUAAUAUCACCAUUAUACAUUCAGAUGAUUAUUUGCGCCUUUGAGAUAUUUUUGCAGCGUAAACACAUUGACGAUGAUGAAGAUGGUCAAAAAUAUUUGCGUUUACGUAAAGAUAUUAAUUGGUCCUCUUGCGCCCAGCUACAAACGUUUUUAAAUUAUUUAGAAGUCUGCGUAUAUUAAAAAAAAAUAAUCUUGCGCCUUUUGGUAUCGAAUAUAAAUUAAAAAUAUAUAUAUAUUUUUGCGCAAUUUCUAUUCAUAUACGUAUAAAUGUAAUGCGCCAAAUUCCGACGAUUUACCUGGAUAAAUAUAUAGAAUGCGUUCAAAAAAAGUUUGCGCCACUAGAAAUCGACGUUUGACGCAAGUUUUCCAAUCCCGUGCGCAAUUCGAUGAACAUUCGAGGUCCGUCCGCACGUUUUAUUAGCGCACUUUGAGGUAUGUGUUUUUUAUACUGUUACAGGAUAGACUUUUGACUGCAAAAAAAUGUUUUAUUUUUUGGUAAUCGCGCUCCCCUCGCCCCUUUUGGGUUCCAAAAAAUCCAUAAAUAACCCGAUAUCAACGAAUUUUUUCGAAAUCUUUGCUUUUACGUCGGAUUUGUUGAUGUAACGGUUACACAGCCACACGCCAACUAACGGCGCCUGUUAUUAACUUGAUGUAGUGGAAAGUAUAAUGCGACGGCUAUACAGCCGCAUGCCAUCUAACGGCGAUAAUUAUAACUGAUAUCGCGCUCUCUUCGUUUCUUUUUGGUCCUAGAAAAUCGAAAAAUCAUUCGAUAUCAACGAAUUUCUUCGAAAUCUUUGUUUUUACGUCGGAUUUGUCGUUGUUAUAACGGUUAGACAGCCCCACGAUAUCUUACUGAUAAAUCAUAUCAAAAUGUUCGUUUAUUAAUUUUUUAUGAAUGAAAUUUUAUUAAUGUGUCUUAAAUUCAAUUUUUUUUCUCUAAUAAUUAUAAUUAUACGCGAAGAAAGAUAAAUUUUGAGAGGAUAUACAGUAGCACGCCUUCUAACUUGAUAUAGUGGAAAGUAUGUGACGGGUAGACAGUCGCACGCCAUCCAACGGCGUUGAUCAUGACGGGUACACAGUCGCACGCUAUCCAACGGCGUGGAUAAUCAUUUAUAAGAGGUAGUGAGUGGUAAUUAAAGGUCUAGAUGUUUCUGGAGGAAAAAGUUAACCGUAGAUGUUUCUAUAAUGUUCAAGAAGAGUCUACAGUAGAAUAUUCAAUUAAAGAUACGUGGAGAUCAAUACAAACAAUCUGGGAAGUGACAAGUGGUACAUAAAGUGAUUGUUAGUAGUGUUGCGAUUGGUGUCAUGUUUCAAAUUAAACAUUUUUAUUUACAAAUCUCACCAGAAAAUCAUUAAAUUAUUGUAAGGCGUAUAUUUUGGUAUUAUUUUUCAUAAAUCCGUCAUAAAAACGAAGAUUUAAAAAGUUUUCUUCGAUUUUCUAGUGCCGAAAAACGUCAUACUUCAAAAUUUUUAACCGAAAGUUAUUUUUUUUACAUAUGAGUAAAAAAUAGUGUAUCGAAACUCAGUAGAAGUAGACCCACCGAUUCUCCUCAGGAAACUCACAGUUUUGAUUAUUUUUGGUAUAUGGAGAUGAAACGUUGCCAAACCUAACCUCUAUUUGACUAAAUAUCGAAAUAGUGUGUCGAAACUCAACAAGACCCACCGAUUCGCCCCAGAAAACUCACAGUUUUGUUUCUUUUCGGUCUAUAGUGUCUAAUGGUGACGAAACAUCGUCUAACCUAACCUCUCUUUGACUUAGUAUCGAAAUAGUGUGUCGAAACUCAACAAGAUCCAAUGAAUCGCCCCAGGAAAUCUCGAAAUAGUGUGUCGAAACUCAACCAAACCCACCAAUUAGCCCCAGGAAACUCUUAGUUUUGUUUCUUUUCGAUAUAUAGUGUCUAAUGAUGACGAAACAUCGUCUAACCUAACCUCUCUUUGACCAAAUCUCGAAAUAGUGUGCGAAACUCAACCAGAUCCACCAAUUCGCCCCAAGAAACUCCGAUUUUCAAAUGAGGAUACCAAAAAUUUUCAACCAAAAGUUAUUUUUUUUGCGCCGAAGCAGAUAUAUCAAAAUAUUUCGAAACAACCUGCUAUUUUUGACAAGACCCUGUACACUACUGGAAUUUCAAAUUAAUGCUGUGUAUACGUCGACACCCUGUAAGGACUAGAAACAACAAAUUGUACGCGGAAAAAUUUUUUAUUCCACCGCCUAAAAAAAAUUAAUUCGCGUUAUUGAAAAAUUUGUUUAAUUGGUUGAGGAGUUUUAUUUUUUUAGUUACCUUUAAAUAAAAUAAAAAUAUGAAAAUUUUUUUAGGUAACGGAGGUGAUAGAAGUACCGACGAUUUUGGAAAAGAAAAAUAUAUUGGACAGAAAAAAAAUCCCGUCGAUUCAAGAUGAAACGAGCAUCGAAGAAACAUUAAAUGAAAUAUUGUUGAGAAAAAAAAUUAUGAUUAUUAAAUCAUAUUUUUCAUUAAA